AAUUAAAAGAAAUAGAGUGUCGUAUAUAAUUUGUAAAAAUUAGCCUUUUUUCUCAAAAAUUAUAUAUAAAUACAUUUUAAGAAAGUAGAGAAAAUUUUUUAUCAAUAGAAAACUAAAACAAUGAAUUCAGAUCAAUAAAAUAGGUACAGAGGAGGUGGAAGCAAUAUAUCUGUAAGCUCUAUGAGAAAAGAGCUUAUUAAAAAUAACAUUGAUAUUGAUAAGGAUGCAGAUCUGGCAUCUCUUUAUUAAUAGUUUUUACAAGAAAAAGGAGUAUAUUAGCCAAAUCAAUUCAGCACACCAUCAGAGUAGAAUAGAGAAAAUGGAUAAAGAUAGUCACAUAAUUUACCUCCACCAAAGGAAAGAUAACAAAGUAUUCAAGGUAUCUUAAAUAUGAUUGAUCAUAGCAAAGAAAAGAAAAAUAAUUAAAAUUAUGUGUUUGUUGAUUAACACAAUUCUGAUGUGACAUAAGGAUAAUCUAGUAAUUAAAUGCCAAACAGAAAUGAUAUUGCAAGCAAUUAAAAUAUGCAAAUUCCAGAAGAAGCUGAAAUUAAUUAAAGUAGUGCUAGGCAGAGUAGAUUUUAAGCUUUUAAUUUCGGGUAACAGAAUUAAAGUGGUAGAAAUUCUCUUUAAAAUAACAGAGCGUCUUCUGCCUCAAUGAAUAGUAAUAGAUUAAGUGGUAAUUAAAAUGGGUUAGGCUUAUAGAAUUAAUAAUAAAGGAUUUCUAAUGAAGGGGGAAAUAGGUCAUAAUAAGAAAUUUAAUCAUAUUCACCUGUUAAUUAUGGAAACUUUAAUUUUAGAAUGAGUAAUUAAAUUUAUAGUCCAGGAAUCAAUAAUGGUAUUCGCUCAUCAUCAAAUGGUAUGAUGAAUAAUUAAUAAGGUUAUUUUAUAAAUGAGAAUUCUAGUAAACGAGUAUCUAAUUAAAGUUAUAAUAACUUUAACCAAAUAGAAUCGGCAAAUAGAAGAUCUUAACAGUUAAAUUCUCCAGUACCUCAAACAGGAAAGAAAAAUUCUUUGUGGAAGAAUGGAGAAGAAAUUAAUGAUUUUGCAGGGAGUGCUGUUUUUAAUAGACAUCAAUACACACCUAAUUAUCCUAAGAGCACAAGCAUAACAGACACAAAAUGGAAAGGACUGCUGGAUACAGCUCGUGAGCUUUCAUAAAAAAAGUAGAGGCAAUCUAAUGAUUCGAUGAUGAAUAUCAGCUAAUAUAACAUAUUUAGUAAUAAAAAGUCUUAAGUUGAAAGUAGAAAAUCUGAAAAUAUUGCAGAAGUUGAUACUUCAUUCCAAUACUUAAGCCAAUAAUAAAAACUAAACAUCAAAGAUAAAGUCUUGAUAUUUUUCUCAAAAAUAGAAAUUAGCCAUAUUGUUAUGUUUAUUAUGGUUGGUUUAUUUUGUAUAUUCUUCUUAUAAAAUAUUUAUGAUUUUCUUACUCAUACUCCUGAGUUAGAAUAUUGUGAUUCUACUUUAAGAUAGGAAUAAAUCGAAGGUAGUUCCUGUAUUCCUUGUCCUUAGAAUGCAAUAUGUCUCAAUAAUAAUAUAAAAUGUAAGCAUUCGUUUGUUCUUAUAGAUAAAAAGUGUGUUACUAAUCCUUAAAUUGAACCUAACACUAUAAGGUAUUUAAGCACUGUUGUUUAAAAUCUUUAAUAUCUAUAAGCAUAGUACCACUGUUAUGACUCUAAUUCUAGCGGAUAUGGAAAUAAUCUUAGCAGGCCUUACAAAGAACAUAAAUGGGAAUCUAUAGUUAAUAUACUAACAAUUCACCAUAGUAAAGACCUACUUUUUUAUGACACACUAACUAAGGUAAAAGAUUACCUUAAAUCAAAAAGCAUUAGAGAGUAAUUCGAUAUAAAUUAUGAUUCUUUAAGAGAUACAUACUAUGUUACAACAUUUAAUCCUUCCUACUAUUGCAGGAUAAGGCUCUGGUCUAUUCAAAAUGUUAACAUAAUUAUAGCUGUAUUGUGUAUUUUCUUUUUAAUUUUCUUGCUAUACUAAGUGGCAGCAGUUAGGAGAUUUAUUUAUUUCUUCAAACUUUACAGAAUUUAAUAAAAAAUUGUUAAUGAAAAUAAAAUUUAGUAAUAAAAUAAUUCUUUGCAAUAAGAUCUAAAUAAAAGCAUAAAAGAUAAUCAGUAAUUAUAUUAAUAAGGAGGUUAAGUUUCUUAAAGAUUUGCUUCUCCUUAGAAUUCAAAUGAAUAAAGCUUUUCAUAACGAUACUCAUAACAAUAAAAUCCAUCAUAAUAACAACAAAUAAAGCUUUUAUCUUAACAACAAUUUUUAUAAGUUCCUUAGAAUUAACAAAAUUAUUUGCAAAUCCCUUCAAAUUAAUAACAAUAAUAGCAGUAGCUUAAGUUAGAUAAUAGUUUGUUGAAUUUGUCUCAAAGAAGGGGAAAGCUAAGUUGA